AUGGACUUGAUGAACUGCAUGUUCCAGCCCUACUUGGAUCAGUUUGUGGUGGUAUCUAUCGAUGACAUCUUGGUGUAUUCUAAGUCUGAAGAUGAGCACGAUGAGCAUUUGAGAGUGGUUCUACAGAUUUUUCUGAUGCGUCCCAUGUGGGUCUGGUUGUGUGCUGAUGCAAGAAGUAUUGAGUACCAUCCGGGUUGGGCCAAUGUGGUGGCCGAUGAGUUAAGUCGUAGGUCUAUGACCGAUCUGAGAGCGAUGUUCGCUCGAUUAAGUCUUUUUGACGAUGGGGGUCUGUUGGCAGAACUUCAAGUAGAGAACGGUGUUACGAUUGAUUUUGGGAUUAACAGUGAAGGGGUAUUGUGUUUUCGCGGUCGGAUUUGUGUAUCGAAUGAUGAAGGUUUGAGACUGUCGGUUUUGAAGGAGGCGCAUAGUAGCCUUUAUGCUAUACAUCCCGGUGGGAACAAGAUAUAUCGAGAUCUACAAGAGUUGUACUGGUGGCCAUGA